CGGACAUAUGCUGAGAGAAAAGCUGCGAUUGGUCCGUCGCGGUGGGCGUUUCCGCAUUCCGGGAAGAGCUGUCAGCAGAAGCGCGAGUUGGAGACGGGACUGUCGCGCGUGUGAAGAAACCUCCUCAGUCAUUCCCAGAGGAAUCGAGAUCCAUCGCCAGGGAGCGGGGAUGCCUUACAUGUUCAUCAGUACGCAGAUCCGACUGGAGACUGGUCCUACAAAUGUGGGAGAUGAAUAUUCUGAUCCAGCCGUCAUGAAUUACCUGGGAGCAAGGAAAACAACUAUGCUGGGAAAUAAUUUUUCCGAGUACCAUGUGGACGAUCCACCUCGCCUGGUUUUGGACAAGCUGGAGAAGAUAGGCUUCCGCCUGCUGACGAUGACCGGGGUGGGACAGACGCUGGUGUGGUGCCUCCACAAGGAGACGGAGUGAUCCAUGUUGACUGUAUCAAAACCUCUAUGAGCCUUUAAGAGAAUGAAUACAUUUUUUUAACUUUGGUACUCUGCUCUACAUUCAAUACAAUCAGCCAUUUAUCAAGUGAAAAUAAAUUCCUUAAAGUGAGAUUAUUUCAGAUGACCAUCAAUCGGUGACAGGUCACCAUUUUAAGGGAUAUUCUGAACUACAUUCCGGACAUUUUAUAAGACUCUGCCCAUAUUGUUUGCAAUCAAGUACUGGUGACUAAGCGCAAGAGUAGGAAGUGACGGCCAGUUGUAUUGUUAUUGUGUCAUUUGGCAGUAGAACUUAUCAUGUUAAAGGCAUGUCUGCACGCCAGUACUCCCUUUCUUCUGUCCACGUAAAUAAAACACUGCUUUACAGGUUUGUACUUAAAGCACUGUGUAAAGAUGUUUUUGUACGUGUAUCAUAUGCUUAUCAUUAAAUGAUGUAAUAAUGUU